GGGUUUUAUAACCCGAUAUAAAACUCCGGAUUUAAAAGGUUUAGAAUUCCCGAUUAUAAUUAUUAUAAUUUUGACUGUCAAUAAUAUCACUAUGUCAUUUAAAACGUGAACCGCUAUUUAAAUUCAUUUUUUACUAUGCAUCUAUUAUAACAGUUAUAUAUUUGAUAAAUUUAAUUAAGCUGUUUCUCAAAGAAUGAUCAGAAUUUAUUGAAGUUGUCUCGUGAAGAAUGUUUCGGAGAUUUUUUCAAAAGCAAUAUUCACAUUUUUCUUUUGUUUCUGGUGUUGUAAUUGGUCUACCUAUAUAUAUAACUUGUAAAGAUUACUUUGGGUAUAUAGCUCGUGUUGAAGGAGCAUCAAUGCAACCAACAUUGAAUCCAUGUCAAGAGUCAAACUGUGACGUUGUCUUCCUUAAUAGCUGGAUUACAGAUUAUGAAAGUUUCAAGCGUGGUGAGAUUGUUGCAAUUGCUUCCCCUUAUCAUAGAAACGUAUCUUACAUUAAGCGCAUUAUCGCUUUAGAAGGUGACAUAGUUUGCACUCCACGUUACAAAAAAAAUCAUGUAUUUAUUCCUAAAGGUCAUUGUUGGGUAGAAGGAGACAAUAAGAGUGCGAGCUUGGAUAGCAAUUCAUUCGGACCUGUAUCAAUAGGUCUUAUAAAAGCUAAAGCUACUUAUAUUAUUUGGCCUCCGCAUCGAUGGCAAAAACUAAGUUUUGAUAUGCCUCAUAGUACAAACAAUAACAUACUUUCUGUCAAUGAUUAACUAUAAAUAAAUAAUAAAAAGGUUCAAAGCCAA